CUCCUCCGGCGGAGGCUGCGGCUGCCGCUGCCGCUGCCUUCAAAGAGGCGGCGGGUCCCGGGUUCCUGGCCAUGGAGAGGAGAUCCGCACGCGGGGACUCCGGGAGCUCCUCUCCCGCUCCUCGGGCCACCGCGUAGACACCUGAGUAGACCGACGCCAGGAGGGGGAGGGGAAGUGACAAGGUAUCAUGUAUGCCGCUGGUUCCAGGGGACACUCCCCUGCUUUCUUGCAACCUCAAAACGGAAACGGCCAUCGUUCACCUGGUUACGUUCCUGGCAAGGUGGUUCCCUUACGUCCUCCUCCUCCUCCAAAGAACCACGCUUCAGCCAAAUUGACCUCCACCAGCCAAGAAGCCCCAGCAACCUUUGCUUUCUCCUCGGAGGAGCAGCAAUCGUCCAGGGAGAACCGGAAGCAGAAGAGACACAAGAACACCUUCAUCUGCUUCGCGAUAACCAGCUUCUCGUUUUUUGUGGCGCUUGCAGUCAUUUUGGGAAUAUCCUCAAAAUAUGCUCCAGAUGAGAAUUGUCCAGAUCAAAACCCUCGUCUCAGGAACUGGGAUCCAGGACAAGAUUCUGCAAAACACGUUGUUAUCAAGGAGGGGGAUAUGUUCCGCCUGACCUCAGAUGCUACAGUGAAUUCUAUAGUCAUUCAGGACGGAGGACUGCUUGUGUUUGGGGAUGAUAAAGAUGGAUCCAGAAACAUUACCUUGAGGACUCGUUACAUCCUGAUCCAGGAUGGUGGGGCGCUUCAUAUUGGAGCAGAAAAAUGCCGCUAUAGAUCCAAAGCGACAAUUACCUUGUAUGGCAAGUCAGAUGAAGGUGAAAGUAUGCCAACAUUUGGCAAAAAGUUUAUUGGCGUGGAGGCUGGUGGGAUACUGGAGUUGCAUGGGGCGCGGAGGACAUCAUGGACGAUGCUGGCAAGGACUCUGCAUUCCUCAGGCUUGCCCUUUGGCUCCUAUGCCUUUGAAAAGGACUUUUCCCGGGGCCUCAAUGUGAGGGUCAUUGACCAAGACACAGCCAGAGUUUUGGAAUAUGAGAAGUUUGAUACCCACGAGUACCACAAUGAGAGCCGGCGACUUCAGGAAUUUUUGAGAGCUCAGGAUCCCGGUCGGAUUGUAGCUAUUGCUGUUGGAGAUUCAGCAGUCAAGAGCCUGUUACAGGGAACGAUCCAGAUGAUCCAGGACCGGUUGGGAAGUAAGCUGAUCCAAGGGCUGGGCUACAGGCAAGCUUGGGCUUUAGUUGGUGUCAUCGAUGGUGGAAGUUCUUCCUGCAAUGAAUCUGUGAGAAACUAUGAAAACCAUAGUACUGGCGGGAAGGCCCUGGCUCAAGGAGAAUUUUACACCUUGGAUGGUCAGAAGUUCUCCGUGACGGCCUAUAGUGAAUGGAUUGAAGGAAUAUCUCUUUCUGGUUUCCGGGUGGAGAUUGCAGAUGGAGCGAAGCUUCACCUGUUGGACGACGUUAGCGGCUGGGAAGCUGGAGACCGAAUUGUGGUUGCCAGCACCGACUAUUCCAUGUACCAAGCCGAGGAGUUCACUCUGCUCCCAUGCCCGGAGUGCAGCCGUUUUCAGGUCAAAGUUAAAGAGACCCCCCAGUACCUGCAUGUUGGUGAGAUCAUAGAUGGGAUAGACAUGAGAGCUGAGGUUGGAAUUCUCACCCGGAACAUUGUGAUCCAAGGAGAAAUGGAGGACUCGUGCUAUGCUGAAAAUCAAUGCCAGUUCUUUGAAUAUGACACCUUUGGAGGACAUGUGAUGAUAGAGAAGAAUUUUACUUCAGUCCACCUUUCUUAUGUGGAAUUAAAACACAUGGGCCAGCAGCACCUGGGACGUUACCCUGUACAUUUUCACCUGUGCGGAGACGUAGAUUCGAAAGGAGGGUACAGACAGCCAGCGUCUGUGGAUGGCCUGUCGAUUCAUCAUAGUUUUUCAAGGUGCAUCACUGUGCACGGGACCAACGGCUUGCUGAUCAAAGACACCAUUGGAUUUGACACAUUAGGUCAUUGCUUCUUUUUGGAGGAUGGUGUUGAACAGAGAAAUAUUUUGUUCCAUAACCUGGGGCUUCUUACCAAGCCGGGAACUCUCCUCCCCACGGACAGGAACAGCUCCAUGUGCACCAUCAUGCGUGAUGGAGUGUUUGGAAACUACAUUCCUGUACCUACCACAGACUGUAUGGCUGUUUCAACUUUCUGGAUUGCUCACCCCAACAACCAUCUGAUCAAUAACGCAGCUGCAGGCUCCCAGGAUGCUGGAAUAUGGUAUCUAUUCCACAAGGAACCCACUGGGGAAUCCAGUGGGAUGCAGCUCCUGGAGAAACCGGAACUCACUCCACUAGGAAUAUUUUAUAACAACAGGGUUCAUUCAAAUUUUAAGGCUGGUUUAUUUGUUGACAAAGGUGUCAAAACAACCAACUCCAGUGCCUCCGACCCAAGGGAAUACCUCUGCUUGGAUAACAGUGCAAGGUUCCGGCCUCAUCAGGAUGCCGACCCUGAAAAGCCACGUGUUGCUGCUGUCAUUGACAGGCUAAUUGCUUUUAAAAACAAUGAUAAUGGUGCCUGGGUCAGAGGAGGCGACAUUAUUGUCCAGAACUCAGCGUUUGCAGAUAACGGAAAGGGAUUGACCUUUGCCAGUGAUGGGAGCUUCCCAAGUGAUGAAGGUUCAAGCCAAGAGGUGUCGGAAUCUCUCUUUGUCGGCGAGAGUAGGAAUUACGGAUUUCAAGGUGGCCAAAACAAGUACAUGGGUACAGGGGGAAUAGAUCAGAAGCCUCGGACGCUACCUAGGAACAGGACAUUCCCAAUUCGAGGCUUUCAGAUUUAUGAUGGGCCUAUUCAUCUCACAAAGAGCACUUUCAAAAAAUAUGUGCCAACUCCAGACAGGUACAGCAGUGCAAUUGGCUUCCUCAUGAAGAAUUCCUGGCAGACGACACCCAGGAAUAACGUUUCCCUUGUGAAAUUUGGUCCACAGGUCUCUCUGAACGUCUUCUUUGGAAAGCCUGGCCCCUGGUUUGAGGAUUGUGAGCUGGAUGGUGAUAAGAACUCCAUUUUCCAUGACGUUGAUGGCUCCGUGACAGGCUACAGGGAUACCUACGUGGGAAGGAUGGACAACUACCUGAUCCGCCAUCCGACCUGUGUCAACGUUACCAAGUGGAAUGCAGUGGUCUGCAGUGGGACCUAUGCCCAGGUGUAUGUUCAGACAUGGAACACUCCGAAUCUUAGCAUGAUCAUCACACGAGAUGAAUACCCAUCCCACCCAAUGGUGCUUCGGGGUAUCAACCAGAGGGCCAUUUCCCCACAGUACCAGCCUGUCGUCAUGCUGGAGAAGGGCUACACCAUCCACUGGAACGGUCCGGCGCCACGUACCACUUUCUUGUACCUCGUGAACUUCAACAAGGAUGACUGGAUCCGAGUUGGCCUCUGUUACCCAUCCAACACGAGCUUUCAGGUCACCUUCGGCUUUCUGCAGCGGCAGAAUGGCUCUUUAUCCAGAAUUGAAGACUAUGAGCCUGCGCAGUCGAUGGAAGAGCUACAGAGGAAGCCAUCGGAGAGGAAAUUCUAUUUCGACUCUGGCACGGGGUUAUUGUUUCUGUAUCUCAGAGCCCAUAGCCACAGAGAUGGUCACAGUUACUGUUCAUCUCAGGGAUGCGAAAGAGUCAAAAUUCAGGCAGCAACAGACUCCAAAGACAUCAGUAACUGCAUGGCCAAAGCGUACCCACAGUAUUACAAAAAGCCUUCGGCGGUCAAGCGCAUGCCAGCCAUGCUCACGGGACUCUGUCAGGGCUGCGGCACCCACCAGAUGGUGUUCAGCAGUGACCCUCACAAGAGCUACCUCCCUGUACGAUUCCAGUCACCCGGUAAAGCAGAAACUCAGCGUGGAGAGCCGUCUGUUAUUUCUGUCAAUGGCACAGACUUUACCUUCCGGAGUGCGGGUGUUCUCCUCCUUGUUGUGGAUGCCUGCAGUGUUCCCUUCCGGUUGACGGAAAAGAAGAUGUUCCUUCCUGCAGAUGUCAGCCACAUGGAAGAGUAUUUAAAGGCUAGCAUCCCUCCAAGGUCAAUCGUUCUGUUGAGCACAAGAGGAGAACUAAAGCAGAUGAAUAUCUCUGAUUCAUUAGUACUUCUGGGAUUGGUCAAACCAGCACAUCUUUAUAGCAAAGGCAGUGUUGUAUUUUUGGGAUUCAGCGGAAAGUUUAAACCAUCAUGGACUAAGCUGUUCACCAGUCCUGCUGAGCAGGGCCUCGGGGUGCUCGAGCAGUACCUCCCUUUGCAGAUGGAAGACUAUGGGUGCUCCAGGACCAGUGUCCACAGAAGAGACCUCGAGCUGUUACAGCAGGCUUCGAAAGCGCGCUAGAGACUGACUGUACUUUAAGUGCUGGGAAAGAAAAAAAAAAUGUGAACUAACUUAUUUAAUUUAUGGCAUUUUAAGAUGACACUGUUAACCCAACGGAACCGUUUUCCUGUUUGAUACAAAAGGGAGAGAGAAGAACUCAAAGCAAUCGCCCGCGUGCCAGCUCGUGCACCCUGGCAUUGCGCCGCCGCCCACAUUAAGAACCCUUUGUCUUCCUGAGGCGGCUGAGUUUGGAGAGCAGCUCUCUCGUCCUUCGCAUCGAUAAGCCAAUCAGCAGGGCUUUCCUCUUUGUGGAGCGGGGUGCGGGGAGAGCUUCCACGCGGCUGCUGUAGCGCCUUGAUACUUGAAGUCUAAUGCUUAUUGUGCAGUCGACACCAGUGGCUGGCCUGUUGAGUGAUGCCUGGGGGCUCCUUUCUGGACAGCCUGUGAGGGUUUUAUCUGACGCCAGAUACGUUUUAAGUGGCAACUCAGGCCCGGCACAUGCCCUUCUUGCCUGGACAUGUACUCUUUUUAUUGACUUGUAUAUUGAUUUCUUUUGAGGGUUCACCUUUCAAAGAGGGAACCAUGUUGGGACAAAAGGGCUUUUGAAAUCUUUUUGAUCUGUAACCAUUGAGCAAAAAACAAAAA